AUGGGAUCGCUGGUGACCUACUUCAUGGACGUGGUCUACUCGUUCACAAAUUGUAUGGUGUGCUUUCCGAGCUCCCCGCAGCUCAAGAUCAACAGCCGGAGCUUCAAGAUACUACGGUUGCUAGGCGAGGGCGGGUUCUCAUACGUAUAUCUCGUACAAGACAAUUCGAAUCAACAACUCCUUGCGCUCAAGAAGAUCCGAUGUCCCUUCGGUCAGGAGAGCGUCAGCUUGGCAUUGAGGGAGGUUGAGGCAUACACGUUGUUCUCGCCGCAUCCCAACAUUAUACACUCGAUCGACUACUCAGUCGAGACAGACAAGUCAGAUCCCUCGGCAAAGACUGUAUACAUUCUCCUCCCAUACUACCGCCGCGGCAAUCUACAAGACAUGAUCAACGCGAACCUGGUCAACCACACAAAGUUCCCUGAAAAGAGGCUGAUGGUGCUCUUCUUGGGUGUUUGCAAAGCGCUCAAGGCUAUGCACCAGUACAAGGUUAAGGGAGGGCCAGGCGGCGCGAAGAGCGACAGCAAGGCCAAGAAGGUCAGGAGAGACGCAGCGCGCGCUGAUGCCGAGGCAGCACAGAGCAUGGAGAUGCGGCCCAGCAGAAGACACCAUGAAGGCGACGACGAAGAUGAUGAGCAAGCAGAGGGUCUGCUAGAAGAGAGCAAUGUCACAAUGGCGCAAGAAGGCAUUGCGCCGGGCGGAGAGCGGGCGUACGCGCAUCGCGACAUCAAGCCUGGCAACAUUAUGAUUGAUGAUGACGGCAAGUCACCCAUCCUCAUGGAUCUCGGAUCAUUAGCACCUUCGCCAACACCAAUCACCUCCCGUUCGCUUGCCCUGCAAGUUCAGGAUACAGCCGCCGAACACUCCACGAUGCCUUACCGCGCUCCAGAACUUUUCGAUGUGAAAACCGGCUCGGUCAUCGAUACAAAAGUUGACAUCUGGUCGCUCGGCUGCACGUUGUACGCCUGCCUGGUUGGCAAGUCACCAUUUGAGUCCAGAAGCGAUGAGACUGGUGGAAGCCUGAGUAUUUGCGUGCUUGGCGGCGACUGGAGAUUCCCAGAUGAGGGUCCACAGAGGGGCAAGCAGAAGCAGCCAACGGACAGCGAGGCGAUUAGCGAUCCCGUAAAGGACGUUGUACGGAAAUGCCUGAUGCUAGAACCCAGCGACAGGCCUGAUGUGGAUGAGUUGAUCAGCAUAGUGGAGGACGUUCUGCAGAACCUGCCUGAAGAUGGAUCAGACAACUAA